AUGGCCAGCUCUCACCAGCGUCAAUCAUGUCGACCGGCACACUUUUUAUCCACGACUCGCGCACUGAUCUCCACUAUGAGAUCCCCAUUCACCGCAAUGCAGUGCGAGCAACAGAUCUCCAGCGCAUCCGCGCCCCAUCUGCGGGCACAGACCGAGGAGACCAAGUUGGCCACGGAUUGCGAGUCCAUGACCCAGGCUUGCAAAACACCACGGUGGUGGAGUCUGCGAUCAGCUUCUCGUGAGCUUGCGGCGGCUGUGAUGCGGGUCUGCGCAGUGUUGACCAUACCAUCCAUAUUUAGUGACCACGAGCGAGGACGUUUGCUUUUUCAUGGAUACACCCUCGAGCAGCUAUGGGACGCUGACUUUGAGGGCAUGUUCCACCUACUGGUCUGGGGCACGUAUCCGACGGCGCAUCAGCGGGCGGAAUUAAAAUCCAUCCCCGCCUCAUCCGAUGCGAGCCUCUACCAGAAGAACAUUGACCGUGUUGACCAGAUGAUCUUAAAAACCACUGCAGCCUACGCCGUGAUAUUCGCCCUCGUCUACUGCCACCGCAAAGGCAUUCCGUGGCAACCCGCCUCCCUCAGCCAGACCUACUACGAGAAUCUGUUCACCAUGUGCAGCAUGCUAGACCUAACGACUCAUCGUCCGGACCCCGUGCGGCUGGCAUGUUUCCGCCGCUUCGCCAUGCUCAACGCAGACCAUGGAAUGGCACUCUCUGUCUUCUCUAGUCUCGUCACGGCGUCCUCCUUGACAGAUCCAGUCUCGUGCCUGAUGUCCGCUGUCAGCGCGGCUCAUGGCCCGCUCCAUUUCGGCGCGACGGAGUCUGCACAGCGUGCACUGCGCGAGAUUGGGGACCCAUCACGCGUGCCUGCCUUUAUUGAGGAGGUUAAAGCCGGAAAACGCAAAUUAUUCGGCUACGGCCACCGCUCGUACAAGGGUAUGGAUCCGCGCGUUCCUCCCAUUCGCAACAUUUUGAAUGAUCUGGCGCCGGAAUCGAACCCGCUGCUUAAAAUAGCCGAAGCUAUUGAACUGGCUGCAGGCAGGGAUGAUUACUUCCUCUCUCGUGGGCUGUAUCCGAAUGCCGAUUUUUAUGGAAACUUCGUCUUCACUGGCAUGUUUGUAGACCCUCACAUAGAUGGUGGCGUGACGGCGAUGUGCUAA